CAUGGGCCUGAAAGGGGUAACCUGCAGAAGCUGGCCAUCCUCGGGAGUUUCAUCAAAAGUCUGGACAUCCCGUGGGCCAUUUUCGCUGAUUGGAACGUUCCUCCGUCUACGCUCAUGCAGUCGGGCUGGCCCACGAUGCUGGGAGGUGUCCCCGUCAUUCCCACGGACGUGGACUACACUUGCACUAUUGGGUCAGGCAAGCUCUACGAUUUCAUCCGUCACCCUGCUGUCACCCUGAAUGAGAUUCGGGCGGUUCAGGGAACCUUGUCAACUCCUCUUGACAUCAUGGCAUCUAAGAAGCAGUGGCGGGAGAAGGUUUGGUCCAGCCGACGUUUCGACAAGGCGAAGAUCCUAAUGGCGCAUGAUAAGGUGCGUCAGAAGGCAAAGGACACCGACCUAGACCCGAUCACUGUUGUUCAGUUUAGAACCAUAUUGCAGAACACUUCACCCAAGAAGGCCAAGGGUUGCGAGGCUCUCAGCAUCACUGACUUGCGCCGCUUGCCCGACUCCGCCAUCCAGGACUUGAUUGAGAUCUACCAUCAGGUGGAGCGAU